AUGCUCGGGCCAACACAAAAUGGAGAGCGGUAUGAGCUCACGAGUCCAACGGCUAUGCCGAAAGCUGGAGGCUUCCUCUGGAACCAGAAGAUGAUGGUACAGGUCACCUGCCGAGGAUACUCAGUCGCCCAAUUCAUGCAGCCGGAACCCGCCAAAUAUUCUCAUGCGCCAAACCUUGAAGCAAGGACUUUCAUGCAACCUGAACAGAACUACUACGCUCACCAUCCUGGAAGAUUUGUCUACAUCAAAGAUGAAGAGACUGGUGAAGUCUUUUCGGCACCGUAUGAGCCUGUACGGACCCCACUGGACCGUUUUGUCUUCUCCGUUGGUAAAAGCAACAUCUCUUGGACGGCAGAGCAUCUCGGCAUUUGCGUGGAGAUGACGUUUGGCAUUCCAACACAUGAUGUUGCGGAGCUAUGGACUAUUAAUGUCCAUAACAUUUCUGAUCGUCCACGUAAGAUUAGUGUUUAUCCUUACUUUACGAUAGGAUACAUGUCUUGGAUGAAUCAGGAGGGCGAAUAUCGGGACGACCUUGGUGGAGUGGUUGCUAACAGCAUAACGCCAUAUCAGAAACCUGAGGACUACGCCCAAAUUAAGUUGCUCAAAGACAAAACCUACUUCCUCUGUGAUAAGAAACCAGAUUCCUGGGAAGUUAACCAGCAGUCCUUCGAAGGAGAGGGUGGAUUACAUAGACCCGCCGGCCUGGACCUACCACUACUUCAGAAAGGAGAUGCUCGCUACGAAACCCCUGUCGCUGUUGUGCAGUACAGACUAACGCUGAAGCCAAAGGAGGAUCGCAGCUUCCGGUUCUUGUUUGGUCCCGCUUUGGACGAAACUGAGAUAGUGUCUAUGCAAAAGAAGUACCUCAGUAAAGAAGGAUUCUCUCAGGCUUCAAAGGAUUAUGCAGACUACAUUGAUUCAGGACAUGGCUGCUUGAAGAUAGAGACUCCAGACAAGGACUUGGACAACUUUGUCAACAACUGGAUGGCUCGUCAAGUCUUUUACCACGGCGACGUAAACAGACUCACUACUGACCCACAAACCCGAAAUUACAUGCAGGACAAUAUGGGGAUGACUUACAUCAAGCCAGAAGUCACUAAGAACGCCAUUAUUACCGCACUUUCUCAGCAAGAGCCUACAGGUUCCAUGCCCGACGGUAUCAUCCUAGUUGAAGGUGCUGAGCUGAAGUAUAUCAACAAAAUUCCACAUACUGAUCACUGUGUUUGGUUACCUAUAGCUCUUGAGGCUUACCUUGCUGAGACGGCUGACUAUGAGCUCCUGAGAAGGCCUGUAGAGACACAAAACGGUGACAGAUAUACCGUUUCGGAGCGACUUGCUCGCGCCAUGGACUGGCUGCUGUCAGACCACGCUAGAGACAAGCGCGGCCUCAGCUAUAUCGCUCAAGGAGAUUGGUGUGAUCCUAUGAACAUGGCAGGUUGGAAAGGGAAGGGGGUAUCAGGGUGGUUGACAGUUGCUACAGCAUACGCUUUGAAUUUGUGGGCAGGCAUAUGUGAGCAACAAGGAGACAAGAAGCUGGCCGCCCAGUACAGAAAGGGAGCUCAGGACGUCAACGAUGUUGCAAACGAGCACCUCUGGGAUGGCGAAUGGUUUUCCCGCGGCAUCACUGACGACGACAUCACCUUCGGUACACACAAGGACUUCGAAGGGCGGAUAUGGCUUAAUCCCCAAGCAUGGUCAAUCCUUAGUGGGGCGGCCGGACCCGCGAAGAUCCCUACAAUUCUUCAGCAAGUCGACAAGCAAUUGAGCACGCCUUACGGGACGUUGAUGUUCCACCCUGCAUUCACGAAGAUGCGUGAAGACAUUGGCCGCGUCACUCAGAAAUAUCUGGGACAAGGCGAGAAUGGCUCCGUAUACAACCAUGCAGGUGCAUUCUACGUACACAGUCUCUACUCUAUCGGCGAAAGUGACCGUGCGUACAAGGUCUUACGACAGAUGAUUCCUGGACCGAGCGCAGAAGAUUACGUGCAGCGUGGGCAGCUUCCGAUUUUCAUUCCGAACUACUAUCGAGGUGGCUAUGACAAAUAUCCUCGCACGGCGGGUCGGUCAAGCCAGCUCUUCAACACGGGAACCGUGUCAUGGGUAUACCGCUGCUUCGUGGAAGGACUCUGCGGACUGCGCGGCGAUGCCGAGGGUUUGCGGAUCAACCCACAGCUACCGUCAGCUUGGAACAAAAUCAAGGUUACGCGACUUUUUCGUGGAGCAACUUUCGUGGUGGACAUCCGUCGUAGUGAGAAGGCAAAGACUAUCACUGCGGAGCAGAACGGAAAAUUGCUCCCUGAUGCUCGUUUUACUGGAGUUGAGGCCGGUAAAACCUAUUAUGUAAAUGUCACUGUGCCGCCGGUGAAGGACAACUAA